AUGGAAUAGAUCAAGAGUUUGUAACAUUAGAAUUUUAGAAUAAGCAUGUUCUUAUUAAAAAAUCAUUCUAAAAUGUAACUUACUUUUAUGAUUUGUAUUGAGAUUCAAAAAUUUACGAUUAUAUCGGAAAAUAUAAUUAAAAUAAAUAUUCUUAUUUUCCUUUUAAUAUAUAUAAUUGAAAUAAAGAUAUAUAUAUAAUAAAAUUUACUGUAGUUUAUAAUCUGUUUCUUUAUCUACUUUUCAUUAUUAACCAUACUCAAGAUCUUUUUAAUUCUAUUAUAUUACUCACUUUGUUUUUUUUUCAACAAACAAUGGAUAAAUACCACUAGGAGAAAUUGGUUAUUAAUUUGA